AACUCAAUAAAACGUUUCAAGGACUAAAUUUAUUUACUAUCAUUUUCAUGUAACAACAAAUUUUUAAGCUAUUUAUACUACAAAACAAUGUUUUUUUAAAGAACUGAAUCGGAAUUUUAAACUUGACUAAGUGAUGCUUCGUAAAUGCUACCGCUAUGAAUGAAGUGCACGAAAACAUGGUUGUUUUUCAGCGUUCCUUUGAGUUUUUUUUCCUUUAGUACAUAGUUACAAAAUAUCGUAAUCAAGAAACAAAUUAUGAGUUACAUAAAUUAAAUAAAAGUCAUAAUUUUUUGGUUAUACUUAACAAAAUUUAUGAAUAACCUACUGUUAAUGUCAAGAAGUGCUAAGACAGUCCAGUUGUUACUAGAAAUAAACAUGAUUUUUAAACUCAUUUAAUGUUUUAAGUGUUCAGGAUGGUUGUUGGCUCGGCGGCUUAUCCAGGGAGACAAGUGCUCCACAAAAUGCAGCCAAUGGGCAUGACGCCCCGUGAGUUGUCCGAAUACGAUGAUAUUGCCACGGCACUUAUAGUGGAUCCUUAUCUGGGCAUUACGACACACAAAAUGAACAUUCGGUAUCGACCAUUGAAGGCAAAUAAAGAAGAAUUGAAAAAUAUUAUCAAGGAGUUCAUUCAAACUCAAGAUUACAACAAGGCUUACUCAAAGCUUGCCAGUGGUGAAUGGAUGCCAAGACAUUUUAGUAAAAAUAAACAUCAACAAAAUAAGUUGAGAGAACAUAUAUACCGCUACCUUCGGAUUUUCGAUAAAAAAGCUGGAUUUGCAAUAGAACCAUGUUAUAGGUAUUCUUUAGAAGGUCAGGUUGGGGCUAAAAUUUCAACCACUAAAAAAUUUUUUAAACAUGAAAGGAUAGAUUUUUUAGUUGGAUGUAUAGCUGAGAUGACUGAAGAGGAGGAAAAGCAGCUUCUUCAUCCAGGGAAAAAUGAUUUUUCUGUUAUGUAUAGUUGUAGAAAAAAUUGUGCUCAACUGUGGUUGGGUCCAGCGGCUUACAUCAAUCAUGACUGUAGGCCCACUUGUACGUUUGAAGCCACAGAUCGUGGUAAGGCUUUUGUGCGUGUUCUAAGGGAUAUUGAAGUUGGUGAAGAAAUUACAUGUUUUUAUGGUGAGGAUUUUUUUGGUAAUGGCAAUUGUUAUUGUGAAUGUGAAACAUGUGAGAGACGUGGAAAGGGUGCAUUUUCAGUUCAAAAUGCACAUGAUGAUGAACAAGCAACUAGGUAUAGAUUUAGAGAAACAGAUAAUAGAAUAAAUAGGACAAAAGCAAAGCAAACUCAAAAAGCCGUUAAUGGUAAAAAUCAAGAAAAAGCUCGAAUAUCAAACAGACAAGUUUCCAACAUAGUAUCUCCACUCAGUAUGAAAGAAAUGAAACAAAAAGGCUUAACCAAGUAUGAUGCUGAGCUACUAAUAGCUCAGGGGUGUAUUGCAGAUGUUGUAGAUGGAGCUACUAGUAAGGAGGCCCAGAGUAGCAGAGAAUCAUCUGCCUCUAGUCGAGGCGAUCGCCUGCGCCGUCGGACAGACAGCAGCCGCACUCAAAAUGGAGCUAUGCCCACUGCCAAUGCUCAAAGCAGAGCACCACCGGUUCGUUGUUGUAGUAUUACUAGUUCUCGCAGUAGUAGGGAUUCACAUUCUGGUAUAGUUUUAAGAAGUCAUAAACGUCUCACUGAUACUAAUUGUUCUCCAUCAACUUGUUCAAAAGUAAAGAGUACCACAAAAAUUGUUACUGAAAGUAAAUUGAGUGUUGAACAUAUAAAAAUAGAUUCUGAUGUCAAUAGUUUAGGAACUAACAAUAUAAGUAUUGAAACUGAAACUGCCCAAGAUCCACAGAAAGAACAAUGUGUAUCUGAACCACAGCCAGUUACUAGUAGUGAAAUGGAUCUUUUAUCUACAGAGAUAAAAUGUGAUACAAAUGAAUCUCUGCAGCAAAGUACUGAAUUGCCUUUAGUAGUUACAACAAAAACAGAAACUUCUGAAAAAGAUAAUUUAAAUACAAAAGAACAAGUUAUAGAAAAUGUUAAGUGUGUAAGUGAUGAUGCAUGUAUAAAAAGUGAAAAUUGUGACUUUAGAGAAAAUGUUAACCCAAGUGAAUCUAAGGAUAGUAAAAUAAAUAAGCAUCACAAAGUAGAUGUGUCAAAUAGGACAGAAGAUACUAAAAAAGAAUCUGAGUCAGGACCACCAUGGUUGGCAGACAAUUCUAACAAAAGUAGUGAGUGCCCCUGUACUCCUCCGCGGCGAGGCUUGAAACUUACUCUUCGUGUCAAGCGAAGUCCUGUUGUAGAGGAGGUGAUGGAUUGCGGAGGUCCAGCUGAGGCUCCUGAGUAUGAAGUUCUAAGGCUAGAAGGUGUAGAUCCAGAAACUGCACGAAGACUCAAGAAAAGACGUCGGUCUAAAGAACGGCACCGUAAACACAGUCCUAUCCGUCCCCUGCCUCCCAUGAAACGCUUAAGAUUAAUUUUUGGUAAUGAGAGUCGUACUAUUGACUUACCUCCUGCUAUAUCAGCCGACUGACAGCCACGACUGCCUUGUGGUUAAGUUUCCACCGUUAAUAUUCAAUUAUUAGUUUAAUUAUUAUUAUUGUCACUGACUAGGAUUAUUUUAACUAGUAUUUAUUAUUGUGACGUGAAAUUGAAUUCAAGUAUUGUGAUAGGUAACAAAUUGUUUUAAUUCAUAAAAAUAUUUAUAUGAUGAAUUGUGUUGUUUCAAAAAAUAUCUGACAAAAUUUAAUGUUAAGGCUCCUUUAUGGUUUUGUAAAAUUAGUAUUUAAAGGUACUGAUUUGCAUUAUUCUUAUUUCUUAAUUAAGAAUGUGUAUAUUUUAUCUUUUUUCCAGCUUUAAAUUUAUUAUGAAAUAUUUUGUACCUAUACAUUUUAUUCCAACAUGUAAAGUAUUGACAGUGUAAAUUGUUUGGUUUAAAAUUUUCUAAGAUACUUAGAAACGUGUAUAUAUAGGUAGUUAAUUAAUAUGUAUAAUUAAAAUUGACGAGAAUCAAUAAAUUUGAGAUGACUAAUUUAACGAAAAUGUACUGCCGGAAUUACUCUUAAUUUGUAUAAGUAGGUACCUAAUAAUAAUGCAAAAAAAUUGAAAAUAGCACAGCGCUAGUUUAAAAUUUAUGAGAACUAGAAGCUUUAACAAGACCCCACGUGAUGUAUGUAGUCAUAUAAUUAUUAAUUUAUUCAGUUUAAAACAAAGACAUGUCUCAAAGAUUGUAUAUUCUAAGUUAAACAUGAGAAGGUCCAUUGUCCAUUGUCUGGUUCAUGAACAGUAACUAUAGCCUGCCAAGUUUGUUGAUAACACUCCCAUGAUAUGCGGGCGACAGGGGGAAAGACUGCUCGGGUGUGAAAUCGUGCGUGCGGGGAAGUGACGUGCUUCAGUCGUGGGGUUUUCUUUCAUCGCUACACGUCCCCCGGCCCGUGCGCAACAUCGGGAGUGUUACGAACGAAGUUGCCAAGCUAUUAAUACUCGUACAGUAAGUUUUAAAAAUAAUAUAAAUCAAUAAACAUAAUUUAUGCACUACAUACUUCCGAGGUAGGUUUUUUCUUCAUAUUGUUCAAGUAUUUCAAUUUUGAUUAAACUGUAUUAGUCUCGAGCAUUUCAACUUUUAUUUUAAAGAAUACUCUUAGUUAUUGCUGUGUUAUUUCAAACCUGUUAUAAUAUUUAUAUAGGCAUAAUUUAUGACCUAAAGUUCAAUAUUUAUUUCUUGUAUGAAAAUUCAUACUUAAUUAAAAUCUACUUGAAUGUGUAAAAUAAUUACUGCUCUAUGUUAGUGCCUGUGCACACUACGUUUUUUAAACGCGCCGUCGACGCCCGUUUGGAGCGAUACAAACGCGAUACUAACGCGCGUGUGUAUUUCAAUUCAAACGUAAACAAACUGCUCUGUACGAUAAAAGCUCGCCGUCGACGCACGUUUCUAAGUGUCGCCACAUACAGGCCACACGCGUCAGACAAACGACGCUAGAAGAAGCAAGAAGGGGCCACAAAAGUAGCCUAAGCGCGCGACAGCCAAUUGUGGCCGGUGGUCGACACUUGUAGUCGGUGGCUACUACUUUUUUAACCCAUACAUGCAGUAUCAUAAUCGCGCGAGUGGCUUGUUGUGUCGUUUUGUGUCGACGUUUAGUGGCCGGUGCCAAAAGGGCCACAAAAAGCGAGCAGCGACGAUUGUAGCGUGUGGCGGCCACCGGCGUCAACCGUGUUUGACCGUGUGAAUUCUAUAUGAUUCCAUAUAGAAUGUAUGAAAACUACAGGAAAUAUGCCGGCAGCGGCGUUUUGUGGUUGUGGCCAUAAAAACGCGCGUCAACGGCGCGUUUAAAAAACGGCGGUGUGCACAGGCCCUACGUGGUAACCAAAAAUAUCAGGAAUCAAAAAGCUACAUAAAAGUUAUCAGUGUAAAUAUAAGUAGCAAACUAUUUAUUUAUGUUUACCAAUAAUCAUGUCAAUAUACAUGUGGAGUGUCUACUGUCUCCUUUCAUUCACAUCAGGCUUAUUUAGAGGUGUAAUUCCGGCCUAAUGGAUUGAACACAUUUUAUUAUUUAAUGUACGUACUUACUUACCUUCUGUAUUAUGUACCACACACAGUGCGUUCGGUAGAUUUAACAAUGUAAAUGGUGCGCAUCUACACUUAAGUGUAUGUAAACGCAGGCGUUUUAUCUAGUGUUUUUCAGGUAGCAUGGGUACGGUGACAGUCGCCUGUAUAAGUGUUCAUUUACACGAACGGCAGCUGCUACCGACGACCGCAGUCGACUGCAGUCAGCGACGACUCGGCGGCAGCCAACGGCAGUCGACUGCAGUCGGCGACCGCCGCCGAGAGUCGACUGCAGUCGGCGACCGCCGCCGAGAGUCGACUGCAGUCGGCUGCAGUUGCCGCUCGUGUAAAUGAACCCUAACGUUCAUAAUACGUACUAAUAUCGUAAAUCGCGGCAAACUUUUAAGAGUGAAACGAACUGUCACCCGCACCAUCCUACAUGAAACGAACUGUUACUGGACCUGUUUUAAUGAUAGUUGAAUGUUUACCUGUUCGCAUUUCUUUCCCUAAGUUCGUUCUUGUUAAAAUUGUUUGAUUUCAAGCUACCAAACUAUAUACUUCAUUAAAAUAUGUUCAGUGGCUUUUGAGUAAGUUUCUUAGUUGACUCUAUUAAUUCCUAUUAUUUGGAUUUGAUUCUAAAUAUCUGCAAUAUUCCGUUAUUCAAAAGAAAUUGUCGAUAUAAAAAUAUAUUCUUAAUAUUAUCACAAGCUAGCGUUGUAUGCUAAGUUAUAAUGUUUAAAACUACAAAGCAUGUCAUCCAGACUAUUUUAUCAUUGUAUAGUUCCUAUACUUUGAUACGUAAAAAGUAGAAUCUAGAUUGAGUUUUUAUAAUACAGCAAUAUAUUAUUGCAAAGAGUAAAAACUUUGAAACAUCAAGACCGUUCUGAAAUUGCAGCACUGCAUAUGUGCAGUACACUUCAUGUUCAGAGUGGACUUCAAAUUUGAAGCAAUAUCAGCAAUUUGCUAAAACAAUGAAGUAGACAAGAAAAGAAACAUUAUAUGUAAUGUAACAAAGAUUUUAUACUAUUAGAUAUGUCACUAGCGCGUCAAAACUGAGGCGAACAAAGGUGGCUAAUUGUUUUAAUUUCAUUUGGUCGCAUAGUCAAUAACUAUGUAAUGUUAUUUAUGAAGGAGACGUCUGACGAGGCCAGACAGUUGAUCAGUCCUAACUAGGGACCAUUCCACAAAGUUCCCGUGGUAUAGGACACAGGUUCACUGGUGUCUCGUCAGUGUUUCUCCCUCAAAUGUAAUGUAUAAUUUAAAUAAACACAAAACUGUGGAUGUGUGCGCUCAGUGGAGUAGUUAAAUUCGGACUAGGUUCUUUUUGCGCUGAUUUUGUAGGCAUGUAACAUAUCUAAUUGUAUGAAAUCGUUGUAAUGUAAUGUACCUACCUACCAAUAAUAUUUUUUGUGUGUUAGCAUCAAAUAGAAGGUAGUUGGUAAAGGCAAGGCACUUACCAUUGGUAGGUAAACGUACCUACACAAUUUGUUUAGGCUUAACUUUUAUACAUAAUUUUAAAUGAUAUCGCGCGAUUAUUAUGAGUAUUGUGCUCUUAAUAAAUACUGUUAUUGUAACAGUAAAAUCAAUUUGGAAAUACAGUAGGUGUAUUAAUUUAUUAUAGUAUCCUAAGAUGGCAGACAGUGAAAAUAUAUUUACGAGUAGGUAUAUAUAGGUAACAGUGACGGUUGUAGUCCGAAUGUGUAGAACAAAAGUAUUUAUCACAAACUCAGUUGUAGAAGUAAUGGUCAAUUUACAUAGUAUCAAAAAUGCGCAUCAUUUACUAUAAUUCUGUAAAGUUAAAUAUCUACUGUUGGUGAUAUAUUUAUAUUAUGUAAAAUAUACUUAAUUGCUAGUUAGAGGACAACUAGCUUUUGUGAUAUUCCAAAAAGGAAUAGUAUAUGUAAAAAUUAAUUGUAACAAUAAAACGCCUCAACUCUUA